AGAUUAGUUUGGUUGUAUUGUUGCCACAGAAAUUACUCAGUGGAGUUUAAAUACUAUUCACCUUAGCUAUCGCUUUCAAACACACUUAAAUCCGUAUAACUGAUAAAAUCCGCCUGCCAGGUUACCAGAUACCAACAUGCCACCCAAAAAGCGCAACUCCGGGAGCAAAGAGCUGAGAGCUGACAGUUUCUGUCCCGAGAAGAAGGAGAGUCCAGAGUUAUCUGGGAACAAACACAGAGACAAGGAUGCUGACUUUGUGACUUUGUGCAAGAUGCUUCAUAUCACAGAUCUGGUCUGUGAUCGAGCCUGGACCCUGUGGAAAACCGUGCAGGAAUCCAUGGAUGACGUUUCUGACAGUCAGAAAAGGCUGUGGGGUGCUUGUCUGUUUGUGAUUGUAACAGACAUGGAUGAGGCCUGUUUCACUAUGACUCAAGUCCUGAAAGCAGUUAAUCUGAAUGUAAAGCAGUUUAUGGAUCUGGUGCGGAAAUUGGAUGUAAACUUGGACACGAUUAGCACCAAGGUGAAUUCAGCGCUGACACGACUGGAGAAGAAGUACGACGUGAUGUUGGCUCUUUACCAGAGAUUUGAAAAAACAUGCAAAAGAAUCUUUGUUUCAGCUCCUGAUGGCAGGGAGAGGGAGACCAUUCGCUCCUGCUGGACAAUGUUCCUCCUGGCAAAAGGAAGGACCUUGCAGAUGGAGGAUGACCUGGUCAUUUCUUUCCAACUGCUGCUCUGCACAUUCGAGUUAUUCAUCAAGCGCUGCUCCCCAGACCUUCUGCAGCCUCUUUACAUAUCAGCCAUCAGCAAGGUUCAGAGCCCCCCGACGCGAACAUCUCGUCGCAACCAGAGCAAAGUCAAAUCCCGACCCGUGGACCCAGAGCUUGAUGCGCAGCUACUUGAAACCUUGUGCAAAGAGAACGAGUGCAGCGUGGAAGAGGUGAAAAACGUAUACCAGACCAGUUUUUCAGCUUUUCUGGACUUGCUGGAUCUUUCAAGAUUCCCAGAUUUUCCUCAGGUAACGGAUGUAAACCAGCAGUAUGAAGAACACUACCUCAAGAGCAGAGACAUCGAUGGACGGCUGUUUUUUGACGGAGAUGAGACCGUUCUUCCACCUAAAGUCGAGAUAUCUCAAGUGGAGAGAACACCAAAGAAGAACCAGCCGGAUGAAGACGGGCCACUCAUCCCUCCUCAGACGCCAAUCAGAGCUGCCAUGACCUCAAUCCAACUCCUGAGGGGCGAUCUCCCCUCGAGUGGCGACCACCCAUCUGUUACCCUCGCCACAUAUUUUAAAAAUUGCACUGUGGACCCGACACAGGAUGUGCAGAAGCGCUUGGAGAUGCUCGGACAGGUGUUCAGUCAGAAGUUUGGUGAGGCAGUCGGCCCACAUUGUGUUGCAUAUGGCCGGCAGAGAUUUGUCCUCGGUGUCAGACUUUAUUACAAAGUAAUGGAGGCAAUGCUGAAAUCGGAAGAGAAGAGGCUGUCGGUGCAGAAUUUCAGUAAACUCCUCAAUGACUCCACGUUCCACACUUCCCUUUUGGCAUGUGCUUUGGAGGUUGUCAUGGCAACAUAUGAAGAGAGCAGUUUCAAAAAUCCCGGAGGAGGUGACCAAGCUGAAACCGACGUGCGCUUCCCCUGGAUCCUGAAUGUGUUCAACCUUGCUGCCUUUGACUUCUACAAAGUGAUUGAGAGCUUCAUCAAGGCCGAACCCACCCUGAGCAAAGAUAUCAUCAAACAUCUGGAGACCUGUGAGAACCUCAUCAUGGAGAAGAUCGCCUGGAAGACGGGCUCCACGCUGUUUGAGCUGCUGAGACAGGAGCAUGAGAGCGGCGUCGCGGAGCAGGUGGAGACGCCAGCCAGCUUCAGUCAACCACUACAGCACAACCACACGGCAGCUGACCUUUAUUUGUCCCCAGUGCGACCAGGCCAUCGUAUCUUGCCUCCAGAGUCCCCGGCCACGCCCACCUCCCAGGCCUCGCCUCAGCCCAGCUGCCAGGCUGCCGGCCAAGCUCCACGCCACCCAAAGUCCAACUCGCUCAGCCUCUUCUAUAAAAAACUGUACCGCCUGGCCUACACGAGGCUGAAGACGCUCUGCUCCUACCUGCUGAUGUCCCACCCUGAACUGGAGCCCAUAAUAUGGACUCUGUUCCAGCACACUCUGCAGCACGAGUACGAGCUGAUGAGGGAGCGCCACCUCGACCAGUUGAUGAUGUCGGCCAUGUACGCCAUAUGCAAAGUGAAGAGCGUGGAUCUGCGCUUCAAGUCCAUCGUCUCUGCGUACAAGAACAUGCCCAACACAAACCAGGAGACUUUCAAGCACGUGUUGAUCGCAGAGGGCCAGUACGACUCCAUCAUUGUCUUCUAUAACCAAGUGUUCAUGCAGAAGCUGAAGACCAACAUCCUGCAGUACGCGUCCCCCAGGCCGCCCACCCUCUCUCCGAUCCCACAAAUCCCCCAGAGCCCCUACAAGUUCCCCAACUCCCCGCUGCGUGUCCCCGGGAGCAACAACGUGUACAUCUCUCCCAUGAAGAGCUCGCGCAUGUCGCCGGGCAUCAUGAUGACGCCUCGCUCCCGAAUGCUGGUCUCCAUCGGGGAAUCGUUUGGGUUCAGCAACCGCUUCCAGAAAAUCAACCAGAUGGUGAACAGCGGCGAGCGCUCGGUGAAGCGGAGCCUGGAGCGCGGCUCCACGCUGAAGCCCCUGAAGAGGCUGCGCUUCGACGUGGACGGCCAGGACGAGGCUGACGGCAGUAAAUCUGGAGGAGAUUCUACGCUGAUCCAGAAGUUGGCAGAGAUGAGCUCCACUCGGAGUCGCAUGCAGGAGCAGAAGAUGAAAGAGGACGCUGAAUCGAGGAAGGAGUCCCUCUGAACCCCACCGGACUGACGUCAGUCCGGACGUGAGCGCCACCGUUCACACGUGCUUCCCUGUACAUGGACGUUUCUGUUUUUUAGAUGUUUAUUUAACUUUAACUGAGAAGUAAUGUGAGAAUAUCGAGUUCUUCUCUUUGUGUUCAUGUUUUGAGAGUAUUUACAAUUUCUUUUAGCGAAUUUCUUUUCAGUUUGACUUGUUUUGAGAUGAUGUAAGUUUUAAAAGUGUUGUUAACUUGUUUGAUCUUAGAAGAAACCCUUGCUUUCAAACUUGGACUCUCAUUUCACAAGUCGCAGUCAUGAUGGAAUAUUUGAAGUGUUAAAUCAUGAUUCUGCAAAAGGAAGUAAAUGACGGCUUCACAUGGGUACAUGUUUUCCUGGGGUGCUUUUACUUUGAAAGUUUGUCCUAAACUGAGAAAAUCAUCCAGUAGAUCUGGUAACUGGUAGUGUUUCUUUAGGUAUAACCUGUAUAGUUUUGCAGUGGCUUUUGUUUUUAUUUUGUAUUGGAUUCAGAUUGUGUUAAAUACUAACAUAUGGCAUACUUUUAUACGGGGCUGCUGUGCGUUUGAAAUAGGACAAGGAAUACGUUAGUAUACGCCACUCACAGCAGAUGUAUGACGAGGAUCGACUGUACAGAAGCACACCAUGUAAAAUGUUCUCAGAUGUACCAGGUAUCACCGUUUACAGUGACGUAUAGUGUUUAUAUUAUAAUGUUAUCUAUUCAAGUAGGUUCUUGGAAAUGUAGAUAAAAUUUCUUUGGAAAAUAUGCCUGUGGUUUGGUACUCAAGUACAUGCAGAUUUUGUAUUUUAACCUCAUGACUCUAAUGUUUGCUAUUGUUUUGCAAAGGGAUCAAUCGCCCAAUAGACUGUAGAUUAUUAUUCUGUUUCCUGGUUUUAUUUCUUAUUCGGGUUCAAAUACACCAUCGUAGUCUCUUUAAUUCAUGAAUGGCUUCCCAUAUCCAUACAUUUUUAUUUGUUUGGUUUUUCAGCCUCUUUUACUUAAAGUUACGGUGACAAAGCUUAUUAACUAACCCACCUUUUUUUUUUUUUUAACACCACGUCAGAUUGAAAUAAAGACACUCACUUUUCACUUAUACAAUCAUUCUCAUAACUACUCACAGUUUAAUCAAUUGUCUGAUUUUAAGACCAAAACGGAAGUAAUUGUGAGCCGAAGAGGGCAGCGACCCGCCGACCUCUGAGUCUGCGGCUGCUGGGCUGAAUCCCGUUAACAUGAAGCUGCAGCCGCUCAGGCUUCACUUCCAAAUAAGAUGCCAAUUUAAGAUUGUCCAGAAGUGUAAAUAAAGCUCUUGUUGCUCCGAUUAAAA